AUGCGCUUGAGAUCAUAUCAACAAGAAAUGCUUGAGGCCAGUCUUCAGCGCAAUACCAUUGUGGUCAUGGACACUGGGUCCGGCAAGACUAUUGUCGCUGCAUCUCGCAUACUUGCUGAGUUGGAAAGAUCUGUGACAGGCAAAGCCAUAUGGUUACUGGUCCCAAACGUUGCACUGGCCCAGCAGCAUUAUGGACGCCUUUCGGAUCUUUUGCCGGCAUACCAUGUACUCUUGCUUACGGGAAACGACGGAGUUGAGAAAUGGUCGGAACAGAAGCUCUGGGACCUGCUGCUGAAGGGCGUGAGCCUCGUGAUUUGUACCCCUGCUGUGUUGCUGGACGCUCUCACGCAUGGGUUCAUAAAGAUCGAGGAGAUACCGCUAUUAGUGUUUGAUGAAGCUCAUCGGUGCACCAAGAAUAGUCCCAUGAGUAAGCUCAUGAGAGACUUCUACCAUCCUGCUAAAAGCCAUGGCCGUUCGACACCACACAUCCUUGGUUUGACAGCUAGUCCGGUGGUGAAUGCCAAGCAGCAAAACAUAGCUUUGAUAGAAGCAAAUCUCGAUGCCGUGAUCGUCACCCCGAUACAGCAUCGGGCUGAAUUGGGAAAAUACGUACAUCGCCCCCAGCUGACGAAGGUCGAGUUCGAGGUCGAUCACGCAGCGAGCUUGCAUGGCACUGGCCCACUUUGUUCUGCUCUGACGAUGGCUGUGGCUCACUAUAAUAUCUCUACCGAUCCGUACGUACUGGAUCUUGAGAGUUGUUCGGAUGACAAAUCUUCCAAGGCAUUGGCGAAAAUAUAUCGGAGUCGCAAGACCUUUUGUUUCGAACAACUGGUAUCACUCGAGAUCCGUGCAGCGACCGUGAGAGAGCAACUGGGUCCAACGAUGGCUGAAUGGUACCUCACAUCAUGUAUCCAGAAAUUUCAGAAAUGCGAAGUGUCUGUCAACCCGCUGUUUCAUGAUCUGACUGAUCGAGAGCGUGAUCAUCUUGCCAAGAUCUUCGAAUCAAUCGUCGCUCAAGGCAAAAACAAUGUGCUUGAAUCACAACCUAUCAUCACCUGUUACAAAGCGCAGGCAUUGGUGGCCACGUUGCUCUCGAGUGCCUCGACUUCGAUGAGAGGCAUUAUUUUUGUCGAGCAGAGAGCAGUGACUACUGCGAUGUGUCAUCUCCUGAACAACAUCCCUGAAAUCGCGGCCCAUUACAAUAUCGGCUCCUUCGUCGGAACAUCGGCGAACACGAGUCGAAAAAUCAGAGUUGCCGAUCUAGUCGAAUUGAAACAACAGCAAUCCAGCCUUGGAGAAUUUCGUGACGGGAGUAAAAAUCUUAUCAUCGCGACCAAUGUGCUCGAGGAAGGAAUUGAUGUGUCCGCCUGCAACUUCGUAAUCAGCUAUGAUCCACCGCAGAAUCUGGUCUCUUUCGUCCAACGUCGGGGCCGCGCACGCCAAGCGGACUCUACAAACAUAAUUUUUCUCCCCAAAGAUGACUUGCGCGCUAAUGUCCAAGACUGGGCUGCACUGGAGGCAGAGAUGGUGGAGAUGUACGUCAAUGCCGAUGUCGAACGCCUUGACGAAAUGCAGACUCAGGAAGAUUUGGCGCAGAGGGAUUCGUACCGUGUGCCGUCUACUGGCGCGCUUCUGACACACGAGAAUGCUCAAGCACAUUUACAUCACUUCUGCCAGGUUGGAGUUUCACAGGCCACUGACCACGUUGACCUGCGCCCAGAAUAUUCCACAAUACAGGAUGAAAGCACAAAGCUCUGGUCUGCUUCAGUGACUUUGCCGUCAUAUGUACAUCCGAGCCUGCGUCACGCUGAAUCUGAGCAGUCAUGGCAUACUGAGCGGUCGGCGAUCUAUGAUGCUGCCUUUCAAGCCUACGUCAAUCUGCAUGAGAAUGGGCUGGUCAAUGACAAUUUGUUGCCGUUGUUCAAAGACAAUCGACCCGAGGAAGGGCAGAUGCAUCUCGACCAGCCGUCUAUCAAAGAGGUUUCGGAGCGCAGGCCGGUCUGGUGGGCUGCAUGCGAUGAACUGAGAAAGCCCGAGGUCAUGUGGUCACGGUCAAUCAUUGAGAUAUCUGGUCCUGAAGGAUGUCUCGUUACCAUGAGUAUGUGGACACCGGAGCGACGUCCUACGGACGAGACAUUUCAGUUGCAUUGGGACGACAUGAGGACUUACACUGUUUCCGUUCAUGCAUCGGACGGCAAGUCACUUGAAAACUGCGCCGAAAUCGCAGCAACGCGAGAAAUCACGAAAUUAUUAUUGCGCGCGGUGUAUGGUGACAAAGUCUCGCCAGAGCGCGACGAUUUCCCUGCCAUAUUUGCUCCUGUUAACUGCGAUGACCUUCAUGUGUGGCUGUCCAAACGGCAACAGAAUCCACGACAGCUUGAUAUCUCAUCCUUGCGACCAAGAGAAGAAUGGGGAUUGCUCCGAUCACGCCGAAUACCAGGGCGCAGCUUCUUUCUCCGCAACUUUACUGAUGCUUCUCAAACGACUGACACACAAGUACAAGUCAAGGUCUUCCCGAAGAGAAGAGACUUUCUCCACGCGGUCGCCAACCUCGAUGUCAUCUCAGCAGAUGAAACAGUGAAGCACACAUUAUACGCGAGCGAAUGUACUAUGGACGUUCUUGAAGCCAAGUAUUCGCAGUUUGCCGCUUUCAUUCCGUGCAUUAUGCACAGGGUCGAUGUCAAUCUACUCGUCGAUGAGCUCUGCACAACCAUAUUGCGUGACCUUGCGCUGAAAGACACCUCCCUUGUAUUCGAAGCUAUCAGCUCCCCGCCGGCACGAGAGAGCACCGAUUACAACCGGCUUGAGUAUCUUGGUGAUUGCCUCCUGAAGCAUAUCACUGAGGUGCAACUCAUGACACAACAUCGCAGCUGGCCAGAGAACUACCUGACUGAGCAAAAGGAUCGUAUCGUGUGCAACAAACACCUCUCCAAAGCUGCACUGAAUGCCCGUCUUGAUCACUUCAUUCUCACAAAGAUUUUCACUGGGAACAAGUGGCGACCUAUCUACGCUGGCGAAGUGCUUGCCGAGACUACAGAGCAGAAGCGAUCAAUGUCCACCAAAGUUCUGGCCGACGUCAUGGAGGCCUUGAUCGGCGCAGCAUACGUCGACGGUGGCCUCAACAAAGCCCACGCUUGCAUCCAGCUUCUGCUGCCCGAGGAAACAUGGUGGCCCAUGGAUCGCUGCUUCAGCGGAUUGGUAGAGGGACUAUCCCCUUGCGAUAUUUCAGACCUUCGUCCACUGGAGCGCCUGAUUGGGCACACAUUCAGAUACCCAUCACUCCUGGUAGAGGCUACAACACAUGUGUCCUUUCAGGGCAGUCAUACCGGCAUGUCGUACGAGCGGUUGGAGUUUCUGGGGGACAGUGUCUUGGAUGUCAUCAUCACCCCGAAGCUGUUUGCACAUGCGAGCAAGUUGAAGCAUUGGCAGCUCCACGGUGUGCACGAAGCGCUCGUGAACAGUCAUUUCCUGGGAUUCUGCUGCCUGCGUUACGCCACCGAGGACGAGGUUUUCGUCGUGGUAAAUGAUCAUGACGCCGAAGGACUUCCCAUGCCCGAUCUACAACCGUCCACGCGACAAUUGCACCUUUACGACUUUAUGCGCGCCAGCUCGAUCUUCGCGGCAUAUCGCAUAAAGGCUGUGGCAGCAUUUGAGACCCUUCGGAGACCCAUUGAAGAUGCACUGAGCCACGGCUAUGAGUACCCAUGGUGCGACCUCGUGGCUCUUUCCCCGCACAAGUUCUUUUGCGAUCUCGUCGAGUCGAUUAUCGGCGCGCUCUACAUAGACUCCGGCGGCGACUUGAGGGUAUGCGAGGCCUUUGUGAAAAGACUGGGCAUUCUGGAUUUCAUGCAGCAUAUGCUAGAUCAUGGCGUCAAGACACUCUCGCCGAAAGAGCGCAUGGGAAUUGUCGCUGACCAAGGAAAGGUCAAGUAUGUGAACAGCUUGAGUGAAGAUAAGUUGUCUCACACCUGCACGGUCAACGUAGACGACGAGAAAGUCUUCACCGUUGAGGGCUGCGGAAACAAAGUUGAAGCAGAAGUUAAGGCUGCUUACUAUGCCGCCAAGAUAUGGGAGAACAGGCAGGACGACCAGAAUCGUCGCAAACGACGUCUGAAGAGGACCGAAGACACAACGAUGCAUGCAGAAAUAUGA